GUAAAUGAAAUCCUUUAUUGCAAAAUCAGCCAGCCAUAUGACGUGAUAGUUUAUUUUUGUCACCGAUAUUGCCUAACCUACCUUGGGUACAAGAAAGAUAAAACCGUCAGAAGAACAAGAUUUUAGUGAACAUAUUUGAGAUCUAAAGAUGGAAAAAGGAGGAUAUUCAAAUCCCAAUCCCCCACCCCCACCGUACUCUGCCGUUGGACAAACAACAGUAGUUGUUGGACAACAGCCUCUAGUGGCCGUACAGUUGUUCCGUGAAAGUCCAGUGCGCGUAAAAUGCCAGUACUGCAGUUGCGAUGUUCUGACGGGCACAUCAUAUGAAACAGGCACUGUCACGUGGUUGGCAUGCGCAAUAACAGCUUUUGUUGGAUGCUGGCUUGGAUGUUGCCUGAUUCCGUUUUGUGUUGACGGAUGCAAAGACGUGAUACAUACCUGUCCCAACUGUCACCAAGUGAUUGCACGAUACAACCGGAUGUAGGCGUGGUUAUGCGAUACAACCAAUCAUAGACAAUUUGACUGAAGUCGAGAAACAUUAAAGCGGAAGUCAACCGUGCCAUGGAAAUCAAAUCCAAAAAAAAUUGUGUGCAUAAAUUUUCUUGAAAAACUUGAACAAUAUCAUUUUAAAAAUUUUACUUCAUGUGAUGUAAAUAGCAUAGAAUAUUUUGAAUUGCUUUUUUGAUAAUGAUUAUUUUGAUUAACAAUAAAUAACCUUUUAUGUGUUGUUAAAAUCAUUGUACAUAUUUGUUUGAGUUUUAAUUGAUAUAAUUGUUGUACAUUUUAGUGUUGUUUUUAUUAAAAUGCCUUUCCUGUU